CUCAGACUGUGUUAAUGCCGCCACCAGAAUUCCGGCAACCAUACCGGAUCUUUGUCCAUGUAACAAAACUCUGCUGACCAUGGAUCCAGAUGUCCGGCCAAAACAGAUGACCAAAUCACACAUCACCGCCACGCCGAUCAGCAUCUGCUGUGAACCCCAUCUGGCUGCCGAAGUCGUCGAUGUGUCGUCGCGCCGAUCCUCUUGCCAGAUCUUACUUCGCUUGCGCUAUAACAUAAACGGGCUGUACGUUGUGUACCAGAUUGCUGGCCUUCAUGCGUUGAUGGUGCUUGGCACAGUUUUCACACACAACCUGGUGUUGCUCCCACUGGUGUCUGAUAUUCCAAGCACCAAAACACUGAUGGCCCGGAUCGUUGCGUGCAAAGUGGCAAUACUGCUGGAGGCGCUUCUCCUUGUGUCCGCAUGAAACGAAGUGGAUUUCCUCGUAGUAACACAUAGUGGCUGACUGUCA